UGAAAUUGGGUCAAACUUUGUAAUUCGGCAUUUAUGUCGGCUGGAUGAAUAUUUACCAUAUAGAAUCAAUACGUUAACCAUCAAAUCGAUGUUACAUAUAUCAUGUUCACAGUAAACAAUGACAUUUUACAUGAUUUUUUUUUUAAUAACUCGGAAGUGACGUAUGAUGUGUCGCGCUCCACAGUCGAGCUGCGAUUGGCGCACAAGCCCUGGCGCCAAAAUAAUGCGGAAGUGGUGUGUUUGAGGCAGUAAACACAGCAGCAGCCGCUCCUGACGCACCUGGCGGCGGAUGGAUUCCCAGGCGUACCUCCCUGUGCCUCCCGGAGUGGGGAUGGAGGAAAACUUCUUCUCCCUCGAUGAUAUUUUGCUGUCUCAUGAGAGACUCUCCUGCCGGACGGAGUGCGCCUUUCCCCGGCUGGGCUUCCUGGAGAAGUCCGGGGACACACGGGACAUCGCCGAGGGUACAAAGAUGGAGCUUCCCCUGUGGCUGGCCAAGGGUCUGUACGAGAGGAAGAGGAGGGUGGUGUCGGUCGAAGUGCCCAAGGUGUACAGAGAGGGCUGGAGGACCGUGUUCAGUGCCGAUCCCACCGUGGUGGACCUCCAGAAGAUGGGACCAUACUACUACGGCCUGGGGUCCCAGAUGCUGCACUUUGACAGCCCAGAAAACCCAGAUGUUGCCCAGUCAUUGCUGCAGACGUUCAUCGGUCGGUUCAGGCGGACCAUGGACUCCUCCCAGAACGCCUACAACGAGGACACGUCCGUGCUGGUGGAGCGUCUGGACUGCCUGGAGAGGGCGCUGUUCAGGUCGGGGCAGAGCGGUCUCAACGGCUUCCAGAGCUGGGAGAAGGGUCGGGCCUCGCACCUCACCGCCUCCACUCUGGUCCUCAACUACCGCAAGAGGAAGAUGGCCGACACUCAGCCCUGAGCUGCCGAGCGCCACGGGAGGCUCUCUGGGAAAACCCCCCGACCGCCGCUUCCCUCUCACGACCUCGAUCGCUCCGCCUCACACACCGACUCACUGGCUUCAUCGUCCUCCACAGACCGAUCCUUCCUCUGCCUCCAAGAUGAGCUUCAGGGGCCGCGCCAGGCGUGCCGAUUAGAAAUUCAUGCUGUAUUUAUUUUGUCACCUCUGAGUCGUUUUAUGAGCUGGAAGAGACAAGAUGUACAGAUUUCUGUUUGCUCGGACACAGGAGAGCUGUUCUCCCUCUGAAGCCAUGACCUGGUAGACAAACACAAAAUGCCUCUGAGUUGUCUUCAUGUCUUUACAGUGCACAGCCUGGCCACAGCACGCAGAGUUUUGCAUUACAAACCCAGGCACAUCAGUGAGCAGGCUCUCAGAUUAACACCAGCUGCUGCCCGAUAACAGAUUCCCGUAUAGUUUACUAUCACUCUUGAAUGUGAACCAGUCAGAUUCUGAGACAAACUGACGCCUCUGUAGCAGCUGGCUGCCUGUCGCUCAACGCAGCAGCGUCUCAGCUCCUGCAAACACUUCCUCCUGUCGCUCCCCGGUGGUUAACUAGCGCGCCAGUUAAGGCUGGAUAUCACUUCAAAACGCUCUCUUCUCAUUUGAAUUCAUUUGCACCUCAUGAUGAAGAACAAUCUUGACCCUUUUCAUAAGUGAGUGAGCACAUUCUAAAUGGACACAGGUCCUGAUUCUGUGCAUCAAACAGCGCUGGAAGCAGAUAGGGCUACAAAUUUCUGCUGAAAAAGUAAAUUUUGGACGCCACUGUUGAGAUGCAUGAUUGCACUCUGAAACCCUGCAAACCAGAGGGAAGUGUGGCAGAGCUUUAAUGUCAUUACAGCCGUUUUUCCCUUGUAAAAGAUCCAUCGGCAAAUUGAGUUUCCAAAUAUUGCACUCAUAACGGGGGCGCACUGAUGUCAGUAUUUCACUGUUGUAAUUUUAUCUGUCAUCCACUAUCAAUGUAGGUGCCAAUCUGAUCUAUUAAAGUGACAGGAAAGCAGGAGGUAUCAGUGCCCUGCUGGACUGUUUGAGGGUCCGUCCUGCUGGAGACACGGAGCAGCUCCAUCACUCCCAAACUGUGGCGGCAUCACUUCAGUUUGCUUUUUGUCUGUCUGCCCGUCUGUGACCUUGUGAAACACCUCAGCAUAUUUUCAUUCACAUAAACACAAACCCAAUUUUCCAAACCUCUGUUAUUAAAGAAAAGCUUUUAUUAAGCUACACACAUGAAUUUAGUUUUAUGGUGUGCAACUAUUAAAAUAUUCAAAUAAAAGUGUUAAAAUACA